UGUAAGCAAACUUGUUCAGAACAAUUUUAGUUAGUCAUAUUAUAUAUAAACCGAUUUGGUUUAUCAAAUGGAAAGUUAAACAACAAAAGAAAAUUCAUCAAAUGUGAACUUUAGAAAAACAAUUAAAAAGAGAGAACGAAAGAAAACAGAAAAGUCUCAAAGGUCCCCAAUGCGGUGACGUUACUUCGAAAGUUAUUAAUAUUAUCAGAUAACGCCAAUCUACAAAGCGUACAAAAUCAAGAAAGAACACAGUCAAAGAACCCCAAUAGACCAUGGAACCUUUGGGCAAAGACAAUUAUGAGACGUGGAAAGUGCAAAUGCAAGCGGUCUUAAUAAAAAAUGAUUUGUGGAAUUAUGUGAAUGGAACACAUGUAAGGACGGAAGCCAAUUCUCUACAAUGGGAAACUGAGGACGCAAAGGCCAAAUCAGAAAUAGUUCUGGCCAUGACAAGUUCGGAGUUGAAACAUGUUAAGAACUGCGAAACUUCAAAUGAUAUGUGGAAAGAGUUGCAUAGUAUUUAUCAGGCUGCAUGGCCUGCUCGUAAGGCUGUACUUCUGAAAUCCUUAAUUCUAUUGAAAAUGGAGUCCGGUGGCGAUAUGAGGCAGCACGUGGAUAAGUUUUUUGAUAUUGCAGACAAAUUAAAUGCAGUCGAACAGGUGGUUAAAGAUGAUUUGUUGUCAACCUUCCUGUUAUAUAGCAUGCCUGAAGAAUACGAGCCAUUCCGUAUUGCAAUCGAGUUGCAAGACAAUUUGCCAACGCCAGACGAUCUCAGGAUGAAAUUCUUAAACGAAUAUGAGGUCCGCUACAGAUACAAACGUGAAACUAGCCAGAAACUUCAGGAAAAAUGUGAAGAAUUUAACAAUUUAAGAAUUCAGAAUAAUAUCGAAGUAGUUUCCGACGAUCAAAGAAUAAUAACUGAGCGUCAUCAACAGCUGAAGAUGCGUAGCGAGGAGGCAGCACGACCCGUACUCGGGCUAGAGCUUAGCCGGGACACACAUCCCCAGGAUGCGCCUAGCUCCGAACUGUGCAUGCAGCAGGAAUUGGAUGAAUUGCAAUGCAAAUAUAAAAAUCUACAGCGUGAGCAUGAAACUUUGCUACAUAAGACGCACAUGAUUUGCGACCUUAAGGCUAAGGUGGAGAGCGCAAUCAACAAAUUACAUGACGAUUAUGCGGCAAUGGUGCUAGAGCUAGUACAGCAGUUUGCCAAAUACGAAGAUGCCGCAGACGAGCAGGACGAACAGGACGAACAAGAGGAACAGGACGAACAGGAUCAAAUCGACAUCUUGGAACAGAAUCUCUGCGCCAAGCGGGAUGAGCUAUUUAAGACACUGGAGACUGCUGAUGAACAUGAAGACGAUGACGACGAGCAGGAGCAAUCCCGUAAGAAAUUGAUUGAGCUAAUAGAUUGUAUAGAGAAGAAUCUGAGCGAGAGGCGCGUUGCACUGGAGAAGAGGCAACAUUUAAUGAAACUGAGUACAGAAGAGCCUCUGGUAGAUGGCAACGCCGAAAAAGCGCUGGUCUCCAUUGCACCAAAUAGCACGAAUAGCAAGGGUAAUUUCCUGCUAGCCAGGAUGAAAGAUCUCAAGAACUGUACACUUCAAGCGCUGGCAAGUAUUUUCGAUCCGACGAGACAACGACAUGAAAUGUUGCUAGUCGGUGAUGAAUGGAGGCAUGGGACAUGUGCUUUUAAUAAAAUGUUAGGACUCGGUGGCUAAAUCCUUCAACUCUUGUCCUAUGCAAGAAUCGCAUUUAUUUAUUUUUUCUCUGAAGUAUCGAUAUUGCUCCCGUUCCGAUAUCGAUAUCGGACUCGCGGUAUCUAACAUAAGUAUGCAUAUAAAGCUUCAGGAGAACUUUGAUAAUUAUGGUUAAGGAACCUUUACCCAGCUGAUCAGGGAUUUCCCAUACCUUUCCUUCUCUUGCUUUUUAGUUUAUAUAAUUUUUAAUUAAUAUUGUUAACUUUGUUCAAGCUAUCUUAUUUAAUAAACCGUUGUAAUAUUUGUA